AUGAGGAACAUCGUCCAGCUGCCGGUCUUCCUCAACAGCCGUGGACUCUCCACCGCCAAGAAGAUGUGCACCGCCGCUGCGCCUGCCAACGGGGACGCCGCCAACGCUGAAGGUUACGACUACAGACCCCCCACCCCCCCCACCCCCCCGUUCCCUCCCAUCACUCUAGGACCAGAGUCGCCUCAAGGACCUUCAUCCCAACACAGGCCUUUCAGAGCGGAUCGAACCAGCUGGCUGUCACUGCUGCUGGAGCUACUGCUGGACCCCAUGUUUAUUAAAAUGAUCAAAAGCUUGUGGAAAAGCUGGAAACGCUGGCACGAGGAGCUGGACAGGAAGUUGUCUCAGCACAGCCUGGGAGAGAUCACCAAGUUUGGCAGCAAAACCACGCCGAACCGCCGGGACACGUACCGGUGCCGUCAGGUGCAGCGUUCCGUGACCCGUCAGAUGUCCUUCGACCUGACGAAGCUGAUGGUGACGGAGGACUGGUUCAGCGACAUCAGCCCGCAGUCCAUGAGGAGGCUGCUGAACAUCGUCUCCGUCAAAAGCUUUAACUGGGACCGCCUGGCGUCCUGGAUCAACCUGACGGAGCAGUGGCCCUACAGGACAUCCUGGCUCAUCCUGUACCUGGAGGAGACGGACGGGGUCUCGGACCAGACCACGCUCAAGUCCAUCUACGACAGAGUGUCCAAAAACAUCCCCACCACCAAAGAUGUGGAGCCGCUGCUGGAGAUCGACGGAGACGUCCGCAGCUUCGAGGUCUUCCUGUCCUCGCGGACUCCUGUCCUGGCAGCCCGAGACAUUCACACCUUCUUGCCGUGCACCGUCAACCUGGACCCAAAGCUCCGUGAGAUCAUCUCAGAUGUUUGUGCCGCUCGAGAGCAGAUGAAUAUGGGUGGAGUCACAUACCCAGCCAUCCCACUGCAGGAGGCCCAGCCCCGCCCCAUCUCCGUCUACAGCCAGGUGUCGUCCACCUGUUCGCCGUCCGCCUCCUUCAGCGGACCCUUCAACCAGCCACCAGGGGGCGUCAUCUCCCCGCAGCCUCACAGCAGCUACUACAGCGGGAUGGCCGGCCCACAGCAUCCCUUCUACAACAGGCUGCCACGCCCAGUCACGGCCUCCUUCCCACCACACCUCCAUCAUCUCCGCCCGCUUCCUAAAAGCACCUUCAGCAGAGACAGCGCCGCGCCCUCUAAGAAUUCAUCUUUGAAACGGAAGCAGGGUUCAGCCUCCAUUGUGUCGGGUGCUCCCUCCAUCCUCCUCAGCGCCAUGACGACGGACUCCAUCUGUGAACGCGUGCGUCACACCGAGGGUUUGGACCCGACCAUGAUUGGACAGUACACCGCCACCAUCAGGAAGGCCAACGUGAACGGCCGGGUUCUGUCUCAGUGUAACAUCGAUGAGCUGAAGAAGGAGAUGAACAUGAACUUUGGAGACUGGCAGCUCUUCAGAGCCAUGGUUCUGGAGAUGCGCCACAUCGAGAGCCAGGUCCUACACGAGGAAACUGCCAGCGAGCAAGGCUGCAUUGUGGGUGGCCCCGUGGAGGUGGGAAGGAGAGCUUUAGCCCCGCCCCACGCUGGCGCCGCCAACACUGAUGGUUCGGCGAUGUACAGCUUCAACCUGAGCUUUGAGGAGCUGAGUGGUGUCGGACUGGAUGAGGCGCCGCGGAACGGAAACACACCCUGGAUGGGCAUCGCACACCGGACCGCCAGCAUGACCAGUCUGAACUCCCAGGAGUCGUCCAACGACAUCGCCAAGCUGACGGACAAACAGCAGGCGGAAUACCGCAAUGCCUACCAGGAGUACAUCGCUCAGAUGGCCCAGUUGGAACUGGGAAGCAUCACAGAGAAACCCGUCCAACCACAGCCAGGACAGUUCAUGACAUCAUCAUCAUCUGAAGACGAGAGCAAAGACGGCACUGAGCAGGAUGGACGAAAAUCCUUCAACAAGAGAAACGGCGCCAAGCCAUUGGCAGACAACACCGACUUCCCCUCCAACGGCGACGGUCUUGACCCGAUCACAGAGGAGGACGAGAAAGGAGACCACGGCUCGUCCAAGUUCCUGCUGACCCGUAAGCUGUCUGCUGAGAGGGGAGGGCUGUUCCAGGGCGCCGCCGACCUGAAGGUGAAGGCCACCAGCGGACUUCGCUACCAGAAGCUGACCAGUGACGACGAGGAGUCUGAGGAGUCUGAUAACCCAUCCCAGCUGAAAGAUGGCAAGAGGGCGAUCGACCCCAAGCUGCCAGGAGGCUCGCUCGCCCUGAAGGGGAAGGACUACCUGUCGGACGCCAUGCUGGACAAGAAGGACUCCUCCGACUCGGGUGUGCGCUCCAACGAGAGCUCGCCUAACCACUCGCUGCAGGAUGAGGAGGCGGAUCUGUCUCAGCUGGAGAGAGCCAACCUCAUUGAGCUGGACGAGGAGAACGUGGCCAGGAAGCGCGGCCUACCCAGCAGCCUGAGCGGCCUGCAGGACCCGACUGUAACCCGAAUGUCCAUCUGCUCCGAGGACCAGUGCAGCCUGCUGGCCAGCAGCCCCGAAGAGAGCUGGCCAUCUUCCAAGUCCUACAACCUGAACCGCACGCCCAGCAACGUCACCCUGAACAACAACACCAAUGCCCAGCAGGGCACCAGGCCCCGCCCACCAACAGAAAGCUCCACCUCCUCCCACCAGACCUCCACUGGCAACAUCAUCAUGUCCCCAAGCUCCACCGCCAGACCUGGUCCCAACAACGAGAACGUCCGUGUGGUCCACCUGAAGAGGGGCCUGAAGCCUGGAGACCCGCCGGAGAUCUGCACCGUGUCCUCCGACACUGUGACCUUCAGCGAGGAGCGCGAGAGCAUUCUGUGAGGAGGAAGUCCUCGCCAGGAAAUCCAGUUCGGUUUUGAUCUUAUGGAGGCAAAGAGUGGCCGGUGGGCGUGGCCGAGUCCUUCUUGUUAGUCGUCGUAGUCGCAUGCUGUCUGCUGUAGUGAGUAGAUGAACGUGAAGCUUUGUGGUGACGUGGUGGACAACCUGCUGCAUGUCGGUGUGGUUCGCUCUCAUGAAGAAGAAACUAACAUCAGAUCUGAUCUAGCUGAGACAUCCCGUGUGGUGUCGAUGUCAUUAGAUGUUGUGUAAACCUAAAAAUGGCGUUUUGUUGUAGAAGUCGACAGAUGCUGUUUGAUCCAGAGGUCCAUCGAUUCGCCUCUGCAGCGGCAAAGAGACAAAACCUGCGCAGCUUAACUAACUUAGCUAGUUUAUAUCGGAAAAGUAGAAAAAUCUCUGCCCGUGUUAGGGACGUGGUUAGGCCUUCACAGUAAGAGCCCUAGCGCCGUACUUUACUGAUGACUCAGCAGAUUCGAUGCUAGGAGCAUCGUGUCCUCCUCCUGCAAACCAUACGAUAUUUACUGAGCUUAAGUCAGUUGAAUUAUAUACAUGAUGAAUGGAUAUUAGUAAUAAACACUAAAUAGUUACUAACAACACAGCUGCUGCUGCGUCCUUUUAGUUUCUAGAACGACUUUUUGCACAUUUUCAAUAAUCACGUCUCAAUAAAUAUGAAAAGCUCCAGAUUUCAGCCGAUUAAUCUUUCUACCUCUGGCUCCAUCAGCUUAUUGAUCAUCAGUAUUUAUAAUAGAUGUUAAAUCUGUGUUUGAAUCUGUCCAGACAGGAAGUUGUUUUAAUCCCAGUCGGGUUGUAUUCUGACGUGCAGCAGAAUAUUUAAAGUUUAUGGCUUUUUAUUUAUAUAUUUAUUUUUCUUUUGUUGUUUCAAAACAAAUUGAGAUGGCCACAGAUAAUAAAUUUAAAAAAUCUGAUUUAUCGAGAAUGAAGUGAAAACUGAAACCAGUCUGAGAUUAUUUUAGAUGUUCAAAUUAAAACAGAAUCCCACAAACAUGAAAACAUUUCAUUUGAAUAAAAUUUCAGCUCUUAUUACAUUAAAGGUUUUCUUCAGAAUAAAAGCCAGACUGCUGCUGAAUAAACAGGCUGUUAACUAGAUGGUGGUAUUUGUGUAAAGGUGUUGAAGUCGUGUGUCCAGUAACCUGUGAUCAUGUGACUCUUGUGCUCUAAGAUGAAUAAAACUGGAUGUUAAAUGUU